AUGACUACAAAUUGGCAAAUUCGUCAUCUUUCCCAACUAGCCCACCAUCAUCGUCAAGCUCUGGAAAAUUACAAUGUUUCAAGAAAUCGUUCGCAAAUUCCAGAUGGUUUCGUAUUUCCAAGAAACAAUAGGGAUCACUUUGCUCCACAUAACUUGUUUCACGCCUCUGCUCAUACAUAUAAUAAUGGACAGACAACGUUUAAUCACAGUGAGGAUCCAUAUAAUUAUCAGCCAACAAUUGAAUACGUUGAUGAUGUCUAUGUCGCUACUGAUCUUGCAAAUUAUCAUCACGGUUUGAGGAAUUCCUCGCAAUCAAGAAACGUUAGCGAUCGCUUUGCUCCACAUAACUUGUUUCACAACUCUGCUCAGAGUUCGUUUAAUCACAUUGAGGAUCCAUACUUGUGGGGUAACUAUUUUGUGCCAACAACUGAAUUCAUUGAUGGUGUUUAUGUCACUACUCAAGGAGAAUCGAUUAAUGGUGUUUCUGCCACAACUGAAAGUGAAUUUAUUCAUGCUUAUAUAACUGCUCUAAAUCAUAUUUUAAACAGAAUACAAGACCAAGAUAUCAUUAACUUCAUUAGUCCUUUCAGUGGACAGCAAAGGGCGGAGGCAGAAGAGGAGAUUAUAGCAAACUGCAUGAGAACACGAACCUACUGUGGUUCGACUUCGACUUCUAAGGUUGAAGUUAAUUCAGAAGGAGAAAUAUGUGUUAUUUGUCAAGGUGAAUAUGUAAAUGAUGAGACAAUUGGUACACUUGAAUGCGGACAUGAAUAUCACGGAAGUUGCAUUAAGAAAUGGCUGUUGAGGGGGAAGAAUACUUGUCCAAUUUGUAGAUCUUCUGUCUUGCCAUCACAGGAACACAAUUGA